AUGCCCCCUAUUAUUCGUGGUAAACACGGGUCGACUAUUCGUGUUCUAACCGCGGCAGUGGCUCCGUGUGCUGGCAGUCACGCGGCAACGAUCCACGAGGAGGCGACAGUGAGCAGCGCGGUGUGGCGGGCGGCGCUGCCAAGCGUGGUGGUCCGACUCGAAGACACGCUCUACUGCCGCGCCUCCUCGCUCAAGGAGUAUUCGGAGCAGCGCACGCUAGCGCCGCGGCUGACGGCGGCGUUGGAGGCGGUGAUCGGGCGCACGGAGCGCAACGACCGCCACUACCUCGCGCACGGCCGCUGGGACCCCGCGCCCGCCUCACCCGCCUCCCCCGCAGCCUCCGCGCUUCCGGCGCCGUCUCCGAAACAGCCUGUGGCACAGCAAGGCGAGCGGCGUCUCCUCCUUCCGUGCGUGGAAGGUACUUUCCGUUCCUGCGAAUGCGCCGUUCGUGUUCUCAAGUUGCGUCCAUUUGAUAAGCGCGUCUGUUCCCCUUCGUGUGCCGACGAGUGCAGGGGUGAUUCACCACCGGUCUCCUGCUGCUUGGGAGCGCGGCGUUGUCGGACAACGACGAAACUCGCCUCCCUCCCAUGCCGCGUGUUGUUUGUCGUUUCAGCGUCCCUCGCGCUCUUCCCUCAAGCGAAGCCCCUAUCACCUCAUUCAACCAGCGUCGCUCACUGCGCCUUCUCCCGCCGCGCCCUUCGCCAGAUCGCACCCGGCCGAGGCACCCCUCGCAUCCCGCCGGCUGCCGCGAGGAUCCCCCACGGCAGCAGCAGCAACAGCAGCAAGCGACAGAGCGCGGCGAGGGCGCGGACGGGCGGAGCACGGGGGGGAAUGGCGAAGAGGGAGACGCGAGAACCGGACCUUCAUGGCAUCGCCAGCGGCAGCAGCAGCCCUGCCUUGCCUCUGCGCCCCCGCCUCCCUCACACACUGCCUGUGGCCAUGGCGCCUGUGCGCCCCACCCUGCAUCCUGCCAGCACAGCAGUCCCUGCCCUGCCCGCCUUGCCACCACCGCACAGCGCACACGCCUUCCACUCGCUCCCUUCCAUGCCACCCCCAAUCCCCCAGGCGCAGCACAGUAUGGUUCCGCCGAUUCCCCAGGCGCAGCACAGUAUGGUUCCGCCGAUUCUUCAGGCGCAGCACAUCAUGGCACGGCCACCUGUGCUGAUGCCGCCACUGCCACAUCACAGCCAGACGCACAGCACCUCCAACCACGGCGCCUCCCUCCAAACGGUAGGGUGCAGCACGCUGGCACCGCGCCCUCAGCACAGGGAGAACGAGUGCGUCGGGGCGGGUGUAGCGCCGGUGCCAGGAGGCCUGCAGCCGUUCCCUCAUGCUCAGUCCCCGGCCCAGCCACUGAUCGCUGCUACCUCACCGCCACUGCCCUCGUCACUGCCGCACGGCGAGCCUGCAGCAGCAGGGCGGGCGCAGAGUGGAGUGAAGAGGCGGCUGCCACAUGAUGCUGCGGCCGGGCGGCUCCUAUCGCCAUCCCUCCGCCCCCUAGCUCUCACUGCACAUAGUGCCUUGCCACCUGCCGCCCACGCACCUGCCGCCCACGCACCUGCCGCCCACGCACCUGCCGCCCACGCACCUGCCGCCCAUGCACCUGCCGCCCAUGAACCUGCCGCCCACGCACCUGCCGUCUAUACACGUGCCGCCCACGCACCUGCCAAUGCAGCUGCCCUGGCGCCAUCAGCCUCAGGGUCGUUUGCCUGUUCCCCUUGCGAGCCCUCUCCCCGGUCAGGCGUGGAUGCCUCCACUCCGGCUCUGCCCAUGUCUCGCUCCCUGCUCUCCCCGUCCGCCCACCUCAUGCAAGCUCACCUUGACAGGUUGCACCUGGAGCAGGCUGUAUCUGCCGCACGCUUACCUGUCACAGGGACUCAGUAUGGGGGUCAAGCAGUGUGUGCAGCCCAGGCUGCAGGGCAUGCAGGGCCGCCAGGCAGCCUCAUGGACCAUGUCAUGCGCCUGCUGCCCCGCUCCCAUCCGCUUCAGACGCCUGCACCAGUGGCCUCACACCACGUGGCAGGGAUGCACUCGGCAUCUGCACCUGCAGUGGGUGCAGGUUUGGCUUCGUCUCGGGGGUCAGUGGCAGGACAUACUCUAGAGGCGAUUCAACAGGCCCUGCGACAACACCUGUCCGCCACCGCCCCUGCUGCCGGCGCCGCAUCUCUCUCCACGGCCACAAGGGUGCAUGUUAGAGUCCCCCCCAUAGCCAGCGGACCACUAGGAAGGACAGUUCCUGACACUGCAGCAACUGCACUCAACCACGAGUCCCCAUCCAAUGUCUCCUCCUCCAUGCCUUUUCUGCGCCCUGCUUCUGGUCCGGCUAACGACCACCACAUCAGUCAAUAUGCGCCGGUCGGUCAUGGGAAUCCCCGUGAUGGAAUGGGUUUCCAUGAUAGAGGGAUUGAAUGUAAAGUUGAGGAUAACAAGCAGAUACAUGGGGACAGGAGAGAUGAGGAGGAUGACAUAAGCUCGCAUGAAGUCCCUCGCCUUUUUGGAGUUCCGCUGCGCCAGAAGACAUCUAGAAAUAAUUCAGCUAGCUAG